AUGAACGGCAGAAUUGUCGUCACGCAAUCCCCGUUGAUGGAUUUAGACAUGCAAUCCAUGGCGGCGGCGAUCGGGGUCUCCGUCCCCGUUCUCCGCUUCCUGCUCUGCUUCGCGGCGACUAUUCCGGUGAGUUUCUUCCACCGGGUUGUCCGUCCUAGGAACAGAGACUCCGGCUGCGCAGAAUUGGUUGCUGCGGUCCUUGGAGAGGAAGGAGAAGACAGGGGAGAGGCACCCGACUCGAUGAUUAUGCACUUAAUCUGGAUCCUACUACAAAUCACGUUUCUGCUGUCAAUCUUGUUGUAUUUGGUUGGAGAAGGAAUCGGUAGGUUGAACGGCGAUUGGAGUUGGGAGCAGGUGGAUUGGAGGGAGGCGGCUGGGGAUUUGGGAGAUGGGACGAAGUUGCUAGGGUUGGGGAUUUGGGGAUGGGGUGUUUUAUGUAAGGCAAAAACGGCGUCGUUUAGGCCUGCCGGGAAGAUUCUGCCGGAGAUCGAAGUUUCCCUGUCAUUCACCAUCAUUCAAAUCAAGGAGAUCCUGGCCUCCCGCCUCAGUAUCACGACUUCAAGGCAACAAAUGUUUUAUGAUGGCACUCAUAUCAACAACAAUGAAACACUCGAGUCAUAUGAGUUCGAAAAUGAUGAUGAAUCUGAUGUGGAGCUGAAUCUUAAGACGACCAACCCUCCUCCUUCCAUCACCAGCAGCCGGCCAUCUUCAACCUUCCUCGGCGACAACAAUGGAGGUCUUUCUUCUGACUACCCUCCUCACCUUCUCGGCGAAGAUGACGGCCUCCUCCCCUUCCCGAUGACGACGACGAAGAAUCUAAGGAAUGACAAGGACGAAGAGACUGUAUCCUGCGGUUCCAACAGGGAAGAGACUUGCAAGCUAUGUUUCUAGGGUAGAAGUAGGGGUAUGUCAGACUCUUUCCUCAAGUAAGGGUACCAGCAAGAAACAGCGUCGUGAGAGCCGGGAUAAGAACAACAAGAUAGGGGAAGAGGAAACGUACCGAUGAUGUUAGGGCAGAAGUACAUCCCACAAACAAUUUCUUAGUGACUUCAAUAGUUGCAUUUGCUGGAUAUUUUAUAGUUGUUGGCAUUUCCCUUUUUUUAUAACACAUUGUACUGCACGGU